GAUGAGAACUCAAAGGAGAAGCAUUUACGCACAGGUCCGACACUCAGCUGGGGCGGAAACAAUCUGCGGCUGCAGGUUUGCCACCGGCGGCAAAAAAAGGGGACACAUGCAGCACUGAGGAGGAACUGAGACGAAGUGGCCGAGUUCAAACAAAGUGUCCGUGAGUUUCUGUUGGGAAAGGGUCAAGAUCUGCUGCAAACUGUACAGGAUUGCCUUCAUCUCCAAAAUCCGGGUUGCAGCCGGUUUUUCACCUUAAUCUAUCAACUAAACGUAUGGACUUAUAGAAGUUGCCACCUCUGUAUCUCAUGAAUUUGCGACCACUGCAAAAUAAAAGAGGGAAAAGAAAGAAAGCAACUGUCUGAUGAGUGGAGUCCUGCUCAAACCCUGGGUAGAUGAAACAUCCUUUUUCAAGUGGGGAAACUGCAGAAACUGUGAUUGGCAGGAGGAGGAGAGUCUGACGGAGGAGCAGAGGAAUGUUGGCAGCCAUUUAGUCUGAGCUCAACAACGGAGGAAACAUGGAUUCUUCACAAAAAAAAUGUAAACACAGCAAUGGAGUGAGAUGUCGGACCUCUGGGGAGGAUAAGGAUGGUUUGGCAACAACAGCAAAAAGAGAUGAAUCGCUCAGUUGUGAGCAGUGUGGCAAGACUUUUAUCACAGCAACAAAGCUAAGAAUUCACAAACAUAUUCACACUGUGGAGAAACCAUUCAGCUGUGAUCAGUGUGGAAAGGCUUUUACUAAGAAGAGUGACUUAAACAGACAUCAACUCAUUCACAGUGGAGUUAAACCAUUCAGCUGUGAUCAGUGUGGAAAGGCUUUUACUCACAAGAGUCACUUAAGAAGACAUCAACUCAUUCACAGUGGAGUUAAACCAUUCAGCUGUGAUCAGUGUGGAAAGGCUUUUACUGAAACGAGUCACUUAAGAAGACAUCAACUCAUUCACAGUAGAGUUAAACCAUUCAGCUGUGAUCAGUGUGGAAAGGCUUUUACUACCAAGAGAACGUUAAGAGAUCAUCAACUCAUUCACAGUGGAGUUAAACCAUUCAGCUGUGAUCAGUGUGGAAAGGCUUUUACUCACAAGAGUCACUUAAGACGACAUCAACUCAUUCACAGUGGAGUUAAACCAUUCAGCUGUGAUCAGUGUGGAAAGGCUUUUACUGACAAGAGUAAUCUUGCAAAACAUCAACUCAUUCACAGUAGAGUUAAACCAUUCAGCUGUGAUCAGUGUGGAAAGGCUUUUACUAACAAGAGAACGUUAAGAGAUCAUCAACUCAUUCACAGAGGAGUUAAACCAUUCAGCUGUGAUCAGUGUGGAAAGGGUUUUACUUACAAGAGUCACUUAAGAAGACAUCAACUCAUUCACAGUGGAGUUAAACCAUUCAGCUGUGAUCAGUGUGGAAAGGCUUUUACUCUGAAGAGUAACUUAAGAAGACAUCAACUCAUUCACAGUGGAGUUAAACCAUUCAACUGUGAUCAGUGUGUGAAAACAUUUACUCUACAUGAACAGUUGUUGAUCCAUCAAUGCCCCCAUUCUGGUAGAAAGCGGUACCACUGUGACUCCUGUGAAAAAACUUUCAACGACCAACAGAGUUUAAAACGUCACCAACGCAUCCACACUGGACAUGAUGUAUAUGUGUGUGAUCACUGUGGCAAACCAUUUGUAGGGUACUCACAGUUAAAAGCUCAUGAAGUGACCCACACUGGGGUUAAACCAUACCAUUGUGACCAGUGUGGGAAACGCUACAGCUACAAUGCAAACCUCAAAGUUCACCAACGUGUCCACACUGGGGAGAGACCAUACAGAUGUGACAAGUGUAAGAAGACUUUUACAACUUUGAGUUCCCUGAAACACCACCAGCAGAUCCACACCAGAAAGAAAGCAUUCAAUCAGUGUCACAGUGAGCAGAACGGAACAGAUGGACAAAACCCUCAGACUUGUCAGCACUCUACCAAUGGUGAACAGUGCUGCUUUGACCAGUCUGGACCAACGUCCAACCAACAAGGAACCCUACAAUGACACCAGCGUAUGCACAUUGGACACAGACUGAACCCCUGCCAAGAAGAUUUGUCCAUGCAGGGUUCAGUAAAAGUUCAUGAAGUCCUCCACAAACUUAGUCCUUGAGAUCCGGCUUCACAGAAUUCAGGUCUAAUUUCUUGUUUGGUGUCUUCGUUGCUUUGUUGCAAAAUCCAUUAAGAGGAAAGCUGUCGUUAACAGACGUGACUGGUAAAUUAAUUGAACUAUUAUAAGUGGUUACUCAGUUAAAUGAAUUAUCAGUGGUAGAGGGAUAGAUGUCUGGAUGGAGGCAGUGAGCAGCAGGGUGAAUUUAUUAACUCUAUCUAUAUCUCUAUCAUCUUUAAUAUUGAACAAGUAGAUCAAAUAAUCUCUGAUUAUGUGUGAGUUUAAAUAUAAAAAAAACCAUUAAGUGUUGGAUGAAAAGUCCAAUCUUUGAAAGCCGACGUCAUUUAGAAUCAUUUCUUUGUAAAUUAGCUGCAUCCAGUCAUUACCAUGACAUUGGCAUUAUGGAAUCAUGACCACAUAUAUGUGUCUGGAGAUAGUGGCAUUUUUAUAAUGGCACAUUUUCAUGCUUUGACAGAUACAGUGUGGGGAAAAAAGUUUUCAGACACCCUGAAAAUUUUUACACAUCUUAAAUAUUAUCAUGAAAUAUUUGUUGAAAAGUCUUUUUUGUGUGUGUUUCUAAGGGUGUGGCUGCAUCAGAAAGGCACAAAUACAAACUAGACGAGCCCUCAGUAGAGGGCAGAACCACGUCCUCUACUCGCGAAAACAUUGUCCUCCCUAUACAAAAGAUGCAAUAUGUAUCAAUUUUGUUCAUCCUACGUACAGUGCCUUGUGAAAGUAUUCGGCCUCCUUGAACUUUUCAACCUUUCGCCACAUUUCAGGCUUCAAACAUAAAGAUAUAAAAUUUUUAUUUUUUGUAAAGAAUCAACAACAAGUGGGACACAAUCGUGAAGUGGAACAAAAUUUAUUGGAUAUUUUAAACUUUAACAAAUACAAACCUGAAAAGUGGGGUGUGCAAUAUUAUUUGGCCCCCUUGCAUUAAUACUUUGUAGUGCCACCUUUUGCUGCAAUUACAGCUGCAAGUCAGUUGGGGUAUGUCUCUAUCAGUUUUGCACAUCGAGAGACUGAAAUUCUUGCCCAGUCUUCAUUGCAAAAAAGCUCGAGCUCAGUGAGGUUGGAUGGAGAGCGUUUGUGAACAGCAGUCUUCAGCUCUGCCCACAGAUUCUGGAUAUGAUUCAGGUCUGGACUUUGACUUGGCCAUUCUAACACCCGGAUACGUUUAUUUGUGAACCAUUCCAUUGUCGAUUUGGCUUUAUGUUUUGGAUCAUUGUCCUGUUGGAAGAUAAAUCUCCGUCCCAGUCUCAGGUCUUUUGCAGACUCCAACAGGUUUUCUUCCAGAAUGCUCCUGUAUUUGGCUCCAUUCAUCUUCCCAUCAAUUUUAACCAUCUUCCCUGUCCCUGCUGAAGAAAGGCAGGCCCAAACCAUGAGGCUGCCACCACCAUGUUUGACAGUGGGGAUGGUGUGUUCAGGGUGAUGAGCUGUGUUGCUUUUACGCCAAAUAUAUCGUUUUGCAUUGUGGCCAAAAAGUUGGAUUUUGGUUUCAUCUGACCAGAGCACCUUCUUCCACAUGUUUGGUGUGUCUCCCAGGUGGCUUGUGGCAAACUUCAAACCAGACUUUUUAUGGAUAUCUUUGAGAAAUGGCUUUCUUCUUGCCACUCUUCCAUAAAGGCCAGAUUUGUGCAGUGUACGACUGAUUGUUGUCCUAUGGACAGACUCUCCCACCUCAGCUGUAGAUCUCUGCAGCUCAUCCAGAGUGAUCAUGGGCCUCUUGGCUGCAUCUCCGAUCAGUCUUCUCCUUGUUCGAGGUGAAAGUUUAGAGGGACGGCCGGGUCUUGGUAGAUUAGCAGUGGUCUGAUACUCCUUCCAUUUCUAUAUGAUUGCUUGCACAGUGCUCCUUGAGAUGUUUAAAGCUUGGGAAAUCAUUUUUUAUCCAAAUCCAGCUUUAAACUUCUCCACAACAGUAUCUCGGACCUGCCUGGUGUGUUCCUUGGUCUUCAUGAUGCUCUCUGCACUUUAAACAGAACCCUGAGACUAUCACAGAGCAGGUGCAUUUAUACGGAGACUUGAUUACACACAGGUGGAUUCUAUUUAUCAUCAUCAGUCAUUUAGGACAACAUUGGAUCAUUCAGAGAUCCUCACUGAACUUCUGGAGUGAGUUUGCUGCACUGAAAGUAAAGGGGCCGAAUAAUAUUGCACACCCCACUUUUCAGUUUUUUAUUUGUUAAAAAAGUAUAAAAUAUCCAAUAAAUUUCAUUCCACUUCACGAUUGUGUCCCAAUUGUUGUUGAUUCUUGACAAAAAAUUAAAAUUUUAUAUCUUUAUGUUUGAAGCCUGAAAUGUGGCGAAAGGUUGAAAAGUUCAAGGGGGCCGAAUACUUUCGCAAGGCACUGUAUAUCCCUUCCUACUUGAUCUGCUGACCUGUAACUCCACAAGUGAGCAGGGGACCUUAGACUGAUCUUCAGUGCAAAAUUGAUUAUCCUGACUUCAGCACUUGCAGAGAUAUCUGACCGGACAUACCCCUCCACAUACAUGCAUACAUACAUACUUACCCAGCCAGCCCGCCACAUACCGAAGCGAAUACAGUAACCCCACUGCCGUUCAUCAGGCGUGGUUAAUGAUAUUUAUUUGGUUUGUUGUUUACAAGGAAAACUAACAAAACUAAAUUCUACCAAAUUUCUCAUUUUAUGGAACCAGUCAAUUUUCAGUUUUUAAUGUCUUUUUUUAGGAUGUGUUUAGUUUUAUGAUUGUACUAAAAUAAAUGACUCUUGAAGACCUCAAAGUGAUUCUUAAUGCAGUAUUUCACAAAUGUAUGGGAUGUCCAAAAACUUUUUUCCACUGCUGUAUUUAACAGCAAUUUGAUCUGCUGAUGUUAGCAAGACAAACAUCAUUUUACUUCAUUUAAAUUCAUUUUUACAAAUACUUGAAGUUGUCUGUGACUUAAUCUAAUACAAUUUUGCUCUUUCACAGAGAGUAGAAAGAUGAAAAACCUACAAGGAUGUCUUACAUAACACGAUGUCAUCUAGAAUCUGCCUGUGCAACACCCUGCAUUUGUUGUGGACUGCCAGUGCUGACUAUUUACCAAAUCUUUCCUCUCACUGCAAAAGUAGACAAGACAUUAUUUGACAUUUACCAUGUUGUGCAGGGACGCCACUGAAGAAGCACCUGUAACACAACACAUUGUUGUUGUUGGCCUUGUUAAUAUAUAUUUUUUUAAAUAUAUCACGCAUACUGUACACAAACACUGUAUGCAUGAAGAUGAAUAAAAUUACUAUACAUGUACAACAGCAUCAUUCAUUGAAGUGUAAACAAUAACAGUCUGGUGAAAUAAAAGAAUAUUAGCAUUAGAUUUUUUUGUUAAAUGGCCAAAUUCUGGUACCUCCACAAAGUAGCAUUCAUUUCCUUUUGUUAACUGCCUAUAUUUACUAACUCUGCAAUAUCAGCCAGUCGGUCAAUUUACCAUGUCUAAGGGAAAUAUUAACAUCAGAUCCAAUGUGGGAUAGUACUCCUUGUGCUGCAGAGUGACCACCUGACCCAGAUGAUAGGUUUCUAGAACAAUUGCAAAUCAAAGUAGAAAGACUAAGUCCUUACACUGUUGGAAGAAUUUUGUUCAAAUCCAACACAAAUAACUCUGCACUUUAAAUACUAUAGAUUGGCUCAUUAGAAAUAAAAAGCUGUUUGCUGAAACUUA